CAGACAACAGCCGUGCGAAUACAUACAUCAAGUAAUAAAGUUAAUACAACAUUUCCAUUAAUGUUUGUUGUAAGACAACAGCGAGGAUUAUUAUCAUGGCAGAUUCCAUUGUCUAUAAAUUAUAUCUAUCGCUAUUCCUAUGUGGCAAGAACUUUAUGUCCAAUGGAUAAGAAUGCAAGAGCAACACUAACUAAAGAUCAGCUUUUGUAUGUUGAUGUGUCAUCUAUGUCAAAAGAAUUUACUAAUUUUACUAUAGAAUCAAAUUUAUUACAAGAUUUUUCUCUCAGCCAUAAUGCCAAAAAGAAUGUGAGUGUAUCACCAUCAGAACCUGUAUAUUUUAUGUAUACAUUUCCUGAAGAUAUAGCCUCAGUAUUGGUUACAGUGGAUUCUGAAGAUACAGAAUGUAUGGUUGUGUCUAUACAAGAUAUCAAGUGUCCUGUGUUUGAUUUAGAUAAUAGUAUAGAAUUCCAAGGCAAAUAUCAAACUAUGACUAAACAGGCAGCUAUCAUAUUAAAUGUAAGUACAAAAGAAGAUUAUGAUGAAGGAUCAUUCUAUUUAGUUAUGGUGGUCAAAUCCAAUGAUUUAGAAUGUAAUCAAAUACAAGAUAUAAAAUCCGCCUACCGUAGUAAAACAGUUUCUAUUAUGAUAGAGGGUACAAUUUCAAGUAAGAUGAAGAACUUUAUUAUCAACAACUCUCUUUUUGCUGUUACUUUUUAUUCACUGAACAUUGAUGUUUAG